GUUUCAUAUGUAAAUGUAUAUAUAGCCACCUUCUCUGUUGGCUCUUCUGGUGCAAGAACUCGCAAAGAAACAAGACGAUUUGUAAUGGGUUCAAGAUUUUGAACAAUCGGAACGUGGUCUCUGUGUCAUUCUCUCAAAUGGGUAGCACACAGACUGAUGGUAAAAUGGAAGGGUGGCUGUAUCUCGUUCGGCUCAACCGCUUCGGGUUGCAAUACUCGCGCAGAAGGUACUUUACUCUCAAAGACAAUUGCCUCCGGUGCUACAGAACGUUACCCACUUCUGAGACAGAGGAGCCAGUUAGAAGUGCAAUAAUUGACUGCUGCAUUCGGGUCACAGACAACGGAAGAGAAAGCAUUAAUAGAAAAGUAAUCUUCAUUUUCACUCUUUAUAACACUUCCAAUAACAGUGACCAACUAAAGUUGGGAGCAAGUAGUCCAGAAGAAUCAGCAAGAUGGAUACGUUCCUUGCAAGACGCUGCAUUAAAGGAGUUCCCGAAUCCAGCAAAGACUUUUGUGGAUUGUUCCAACAGCAAGUGGCCAUCUUUAAGACUGCGUGGUUCUAAGAGAGAUCGUAAAAGCUCUAUGGGCUGCACUCAUUGCUCUUCCAUGCACAUGGAGGCAAUGACAUCUGAUGUUAUUGCACCCUCACCAUGGAAAAUUUUUGGUUGUCAGAAUGGAUUGCGGCUUUUCAAAGAAGCAAAAUAUUGGGAUUCCCGUGGGAGGCAUUGGGAUGAUCAUCCUGCAAUAAUGGCAGUUGGUGUGCUUGAUGGAACUUCAGAGGCCAUUUUCCGAACUCUUAUGUCUCUUGGUCCCUCAAGAUCGGAAUGGGACUUCUGUUUUUAUCGGGGAAGCGUGGUUGAGCACCUUGAUGGUCACACAGAUAUUAUUCAGAAGCUGUUAUACAGUGAUUGGCUACCUUGGGGGAUGAGGCGAAGAGAUUUACUGCUGCGGCGUUAUUGGAGAAGGGAAGAUGAUGGCACAUAUGUAAUUUUGUAUCAUUCCGUGUUUCACAAGAAGUGUCAACCACAAAGAGGCUACGUUCGUGCUUGUCUUAAAAGUGGAGGAUAUGUGAUAUCUCCUGUCAACCAAGGGAAACAGUCUCUUGUAAAACACAUGCUUGCAAUUGAUUGGAAGUUCUGGAAAUUGUAUCUGCGUCCAUCAUCUGCAAGAUCCAUAACUAUCCGUAUGCUUGAGAGAGUUGCUGCGUUAAGGGAGCUGUUCAAGGCCAAAGCAGGAAAUCAUUCCUCUGAAUUCUCAUCUGGAGAAUUAACAAGAGAUAUUGAAUUUCCCUAUAGUGAAAAGAAUGAUAUUAAGACUGAAGUUCAGCGCCCAGUAGAAAAUAGGAAGAUUGAGGAGGUCGUUUCGAUAGAAGAUCAGAUGGAAAUACCACCCUCUGGCCGUCCAAGUUUGAUGGGACUGAAUGAUGCCGCUGAUGAGUUCUUUGAUGUUUCUGAACCAGCAGAGUAUGACCAUUUGGAGAAUGAGUGGCCUUGCAACUUCAGUGAAGAAGAGCACUCUCCUAAUAAAUAUCAGCCUAAACUCUCAUCAGCUGCUAGUUUUGUGAAAAAAUUGCAUGAUCUUGCAGUUCAGAAGAAGGGGUACAUGGACUUACAAGAUUUGGCCAGGGAAAACAGCUUGUCAUGCUCUUAUGGAGCCACUCUUCAGAAAGACCCAAGCUGUACUUUACCUUGCAGUUGGGCAACAGCUGAUCCUUCUUCUUUUUUAGUACGUGGAGAAAACUAUUUACAAGACCGUCAAAAGAUUAAGGCAACAAGCACCUUGAUGCAAAUGGUUGGUGCGGAUUGGCUAAGAUCUGAGAGUCGAGUAGAUGAUCUUGGUGGUCGCCCCGAUAGUAUUGUUCAGAAAUAUGCGGAACGAGGUGGACCAGAAUUCUUCUUCAUUGUUAGCAUACAGGUCCCUGGUACGACCACAUACACUUUGGCGCUAUAUUACAUGAUGAAAACUCCACUGGAAGAUAAUCCGUUGCUACACUCUUUUGUCAACGGAGAUGAUGCUUUUAGGAAUUCAAGAUUUAAACUCAUACCUUAUAUUUCUAAGGGAUCAUGGAUAGUUAAGCAGAGUGUUGGAAAGAAAGCAUGCUUGGUGGGUCAAGCACUUGAAGUACAUUAUUUUCGUGGGAAAAACUAUUUGGAGCUUGCAAUCGACGUCGGAUCUUCAACGGUGGCAAGGGGGGUGGUUAGUCUUGUUCUUGGAUACCUGAACAAAUUGGUCAUAGAAAUGGCAUUUUUGAUACAGGGCAACACAGAAGAGGAGCUCCCAGAAAUCCUUCUUGGAACAUGUCGAAUUAAUCAUCUGGAUGCAUCCAAAUCGGCCUUGUUAAAACCCUGAUUUUCACCUAGAAAAUCUCAUAUAUCCCCUUGCAGCGGAGGUGCUGUUUUUUUGACAUGUCAAGAGAGGUGUUCCAUGUCUUGGAAUUAACUUAUGAUUCAAUACAAUUUGUAGAGCACUGCUUCAUUAAUUGUGCUUCAGUCGACAAUAUAUUCUUUGCUUGUAGCGUAUUAACACCA